UGCCUUGAGAUGACUCGUUGUUAAUUCAGUUUAAACACAUAUGUAUUGUACAUGUAUAGUAUAUUACAGUGUUCGCUUAUAAGUAAAGAACUUCCUUUUAUAAAUAAACAGCCGGAGACCACUGACACCUUGUUACUCCAGCGUUGGGACUUUAAAACCUGGUUAAAUCUUCCUCCGCUCUGUCUCUAGAUGGUGCCCUCCACAACAACGUCCCACAGUGCCUGCGUGUGCGCGAUGGCGCGUGCGCGCCCACUUGAGUUCUCUCGCAGCGCGAGGACAGAGGCCAGAGUGGGAUCAACAGGUCUGAAGGAGCCGCGGCUCCACGUCUCCAAGGAAUGAUCGCGUCCCUCCCUCCCAUGCGUGACUGCUCCUGAUCUGGAAGCGGACUGAAGUAGCGGCGAAGCGGUACCGAGCUCCGAACCUCGCCCGAACCCGGACCCUGCGAACAGUUCGGGCCGUGAAAGUGCCGCGAUGGCCCCCGUCCUGCUCCGGCACAGUUUGCUGUGGCUGCUGCUUUUCUUUCCAGAUGUGAGAUGUGACGCCGAUCACGGUUUCUCGCAGGAUACGGAAGGUGUGGCUGAAGCCCAGAGCGGUGCUGCCCCCACAGCUGAAGGUUACUUCCUGGAGUUCCAGGAACCCGUCAACAACAUCACUCACUUCCAGGGUCAGACGGCCACGCUGCACUGCAAGGUGGCCGGGAACCCGUGGCCUUCCAUCCGCUGGCUGAAGAACGAUGCUCCCGUGGUCCCAGAACAGGGACGGAUCACCAUCCGCAAGACCGAGGCUGGGUCCAAGCUCCGAAUCCAGGACCUGGACACCACAGACACGGGUUAUUACCAGUGUGUGGCCUCCAACUCUGUCAAGGUCAUCUCUGCCACCGGCGUCCUUUACGUCAAGCUGGGACAGAUGCCCACGCACGGACCCAGUGGCCCGCCACGGGAGAAAGGCUUCUGCCAGCCGUACCGGGGCAUCGCCUGCGCCCGCUUCAUCGGCAACCAGAGCAUCUACGUGGAGUCUCUGCAGAUGCAGGGGGAGAGUGAAAACCGCAUCACAGCGGCCUUCACGAUGAUCGGCACCUCCACCCACCUGUCGGACAAGUGCUCCAGGUUCGCCAUCCCGUCCUUCUGCUACUACGUCUUUCCCCUGUGCGACGAGGGCGCCCGCGCCCCUCGGCGCCGCCAGCUGUGCCGGGACGAGUGCGAGGCGCUGGAGAACGACCUGUGUCACGAUGAGUACACCGUGGCCCGCUCCAACCCCAUGAUCCUCAUGCAGCUGGACCUCCCCCGGUGCCACCUGCUGCCACAGGCGGGCACGUCCGAGGCGUCCUCCUGCAUGCGCAUCGGUGUGCCGCCAGAAAAGCUGGGUUCAAAGUCGCCCUUGGACCACACGUGUUACAAUGGGAGGGGGGCGGAUUACAGGGGCGCAGUCAGCGUCACCCAGUCGGGCCAGCAGUGCCAGGCGUGGAGCGCCCAGUUCCCCCACAGCCACAACCUGGCGCAGGACCACCCCGAGCUCUACGGGAGCCAAAACUUCUGCCGUAACCCGGGGGGCCACAUGCAGGCGCCCUGGUGCUUCACCCUGGACCCCCAGGUCAAAAUGGACCUGUGUGACCUGCAGCCCUGCAAGCCCACGGAGAACCACAGGAAGGAGGUGCUCUUCAUCCUCAUCCCCGCCGUCGCCAUCCCCCUGGUCAUCGCCUGCCUCUUCUUCCUGGUGUGUAUGUGUCGCAACAAGCAGAAGGCCUCGAGCGACGCGCCGCUGCGCUGCCCGCUGGGCGGCUCCUCCAUCCAGGACGUGGAGCUGUCGCUUCUGAACCAGCAGAAACACCAGCUGCAGACGAAGCUGCAGGAGGUCAACAUGUCGGCCGUGCGCUUCAUGGAGGAGCUGGGGGAGGACCGCUUCGGCAAAGUGUACAAGGGCCACCUGUACGGCGCUGCGCCCGGCGAGCCGUCCCAGGUGGUGGCCAUCAAGACGCUGAGGGACAAGGUGGACGGCGCGCUGUGCGAGGAGUUCCGCCACGAGGCCGCGCUGCGCGUCCACCUGCAGCACCAGAACGUGGUCGGCCUGCUGGGCGUGGUCCUCAAGGAGCAGCCCAUGAGCAUGCUCUUCGCCUACUCCAGCAUCGGCGACCUCCACGAGUACCUGGUCAUGCGUUCCCCCAACUCGGACGUGGGCAGCUCCGACGACGAUAAGACGGUGAGGUCCACCCUGGAGCCGGGAGACUUCCUGCACGUCAUCACCCAGAUCGCGGCUGGGAUGGAGUACCUGUCCGGCAAGCAGAUCACCCACAAGGACCUGGCCGCCCGCAACAUCCUGGUCUUUGACAAGCUCAGCAUCAAGAUUAUGGAUCUGGGCCUGUUCCGGGACGUCUACUCCGCCGAUUACUACAACCUCAUGGGGACCAGCUCCUUCCCCAUUCGCUGGAUGUCUCCAGAAUCCAUAGUGUACGGGAAGUUCUCCACGGACUCUGACAUCUGGUCGUACGGUGUGCUGCUGUGGGAGACCUACAGCUACGGCCUGCAGCCGUACUGCGGCUUCUCCAACCAGGACGUCAUCGAGAUGGUGCAGAGCCGCCAGCUGCUGUCGUGUCCGGACGACUGCCCGUCCUGGAUUUACAGCCUCAUGCUGGAGUGCUGGGGCGAAUUCCCGGCGAGGAGGCCUCGCUUCAAGGACGUCCACGGCCGCCUGCGCUCGUGGGAGAGCCUCGCCAACUACACCGGCUCCGGGCAGACCGGCACCAGCAACACCACCCACACCAGCUCGCUGAGCACCAGCCCCGUGAGCGGCGUCAGCGUGAGCACGGCCACCGCCUCGCGCUACAGCAGCCCCAAGAAGGGCUCCCCGUUCCACCAGCCCCAGUUCGUGCCCAUGAAGGGGCCGAUGCCCCGGCCCAUGGUGCCCCCGCAGCUCUACAUCUCCGUGAACGGCUACCACGCCAUGUCUGCCUACCCGUACAUGCAGAACUUCUACCCCAUGCAGAUCCCCAUGGCCAUGCCCCACCCGCCGGUGCCGCCCGCUCCACAGAGGCCCAACAAGGCCGGCUCCCACCACAGCGGCAGCGGCUCCACGUCCACGGGCUACGUGACCACGGCGCCGUCCAACGCGUCCGCGCUCCUGCACGAGGAGCCCGGCGCCGGCGAGGAGGCCCCGGCCGACGCCGCGCCAGACAAGGACUCGUCCGUGCCUGAGACGGCGCUGCUGGGAGACGAGUGUCCACAGACUGAUGAGCUGGUGGACGCGGCUCCGCUGGACGGCCAGUAGAGCCGACGGGCCACAAGUGUGCAGCAGAAAUGAAGGGAACAAUUUAGAACUGAUGAAUGUUUUUCCUCUUUCUUACACAUAAGGGAACAUUUGAAUGUGCUGGUACCUCAGACUCACACUCGGUUUAUAUGAUGAUUAGAAUAAUGGAUUUUUAUGCCGUUACUGUGCAACACAGACCGACACAGCAACCAGCUGAUUCAGUAACCAGCUGAUUCAACAGGCAGUGAAGAUGCCUUAAAGUUUCUCAUGAAGCCAGCGACCAAAGCAUGGCACCAGGCCCCAUCUCUGGCUGGCUGCUUAAUGUUUGUCAUCAUAUGAUGAACAGAGUCUACCCGUGGCUGUAAUUAUCCUCACUGGGAUGGAUUUCAGUUUGAUCGAGCUGAACAAAGUUUUUUUUACUUCCAUUUAAAUGUUGGAUCUGUGUGAGAUGUUUCCUGUAGUAGAAGGUGACGAACGCUGAUAAAAGAUGUACAGAUUAAUCUUUGAACAUUUUAUUAUUGUUGUUUGCUGGUAAACCUGAAGUUUGUGGUGUUUAUGCAAUAUUUUCUUAUGCAAUAAAUUCAUGAAUGAAUUGUUUCUUCUAUCACUUGUGCUUGUUUUGAACUUGUUGAAUUUGUUGUUGUGAAUUGAAUAAAUGAUAAACAGCUCAA